UCUCUGCCCCCACUGCAGGUCCCGGCAUGCCUUCUGAGACACCCCAGUCUGAAGACGGCUCUGCAGGCUGCCCCCAUCUCUUGGGGGUGCACUCAGGGAAAGGGCACCUGGAGAGGGGGCCUUCGGGGGACAAGGAGCGUCUAUGGAUCCGGCCAGAUAGUCCAAGCAGGUGCACCUGGCAGCUGGGCAGGCCCAUCACUGACUCUCCACAUCACCACACCACACAGACAAAAUCUCCCAAAAUUUUGCCAGAUAUUCUGAGGAAUAUUGGGAAUACCCCCAUGGUCAGAAUCAACAAGAUUGGGAAGAAUGCGGGCCUGAAAUGCGAGCUGUUGGCCAAGUGUGAGUUCUUCAAUGCUGGUGGGAGCGUGAAGGACCGCAUCAGCCUACGGAUGAUCGAGGAUGCAGAGCGAGCUGGGACCCUGAAGCCCGGAGACACCAUCAUUGAGCCAACCUCUGGGAACACAGGGAUCGGACUGGCUCUGGCGGCUGCCGUGAAGGGCUAUCGCUGCAUUAUCGUGAUGCCUGAGAAGAUGAGCCUGGAGAAGGUGGACGUGCUGCGGGCACUAGGGGCUGAGAUUGUGCGGACACCCACCAAUGCCAGGUUUGACUCCCCAGAGUCUCAUGUAGGAGUGGCUUGGCGACUGAAGAAUGAAAUCCCCAAUUCUCACAUCCUCGACCAGUACCGCAAUGCCAGCAAUCCCCUGGUGCACUACGAUGACACGGCGGAGGAGAUCUUGCAGCAGUGUGACGGGAGGCUGGACAUGCUGGUCGCUUCAGCGGGCACGGGCGGCACCAUCACAGGCAUCGCCAGGAAGCUAAAGGAGAAGUGCCCCGGGUGCAGAAUCAUCGGGGUGGAUCCCGAAGGGUCCAUUCUUGCGGAGCCUGAGGAGCUGAACCAGACGGAGCAGACAGCUUAUGAGGUGGUAGAUAAGUGGUUCAAGAGCAAUGAUGAGGAGUCGUUCACCUUUGCCCGCAUGCUGAUCGCACAGGAAGGGCUGCUGUGUGGUGGCAGUGCCGGCAGCGCUGUGGCUGUGGCUGUGAAGGCCGCCCAGGAGCUGCAGGAGGGACAGCGCUGCGUGGUCAUCCUGCCUGACUCUGUGAGGAACUACAUGUCCAAGUUCCUGAGUGACAAGUGGAUGCUGCAGAAGGGCUUCAUGAAGGAGGAGCUCUCAGUAAAGAGGCCCUGGUGGUGGCAUCUGCGUGUUCAGGAGUUGAGCCUGUCAGCACCACUGACUGUGUUACCCACAGUCACCUGUGAGCACACCAUCGCCAUCCUUCGAGAGAAGGGCUUUGACCAGGCACCUGUGGUGGAUGAGUCAGGGGCCAUCCUGGGGAUGGUGACUCUUGGGAACAUGUUGUCAUCCCUGCUUGCUGGGAAGGUGCAGCCAUCAGACCAGGUCUGCAAAGUCCUCUACAAGCAGUUUAAACCGAUCCGCCUGACUGACACGCUGGGCAUGCUCUCCCACAUCCUGGAAAUGGACCACUUUGCCCUGGUGGUCCACGAGCAGAUCCAGUCACGAGACCAGGCCUGGUCAAGAGUGGUGGGGGGGCCCACAGACCACAGCAACGGCAAUUCCAGUGAGCGACAGAUGGUGUUCGGGGUCGUCACUGCUAUUGACCUGCUCAACUUCGUGGCAGCCCGUGAACAGGACCAGAAAUAGAGCCAGGAAGUUGGGCUCAGCUUCCACCCUCCCUGCUUGGCCCUCUUAGUGUUCAGAGACAUUGAGCUAACCUGAGUUUACGUUCCCAGGCCUGGCCAGUGGCAGGUGGCAGAGGGAGCUUUCUAGACCUGUUGCAAAGGCCCAGCCUCCCCUCCUAACACCAGGCUUCCCGAAUGAAUCCCAUGCUUGACUAGUUUAGAUGGGCUUUCCUAUGAUGUCACUUCCUCCUAAAAUGUCUCACUUAUGAUGGGGAAUUGAGGCGAGUCAGCCAGGGAGGAUAAACACACAGUACAACUGGGGCAGAGGAGACGGAUAGUGCCAGAAAGCACGCACCCUUCCCAGAGAAGCCUCUGUAAUCUGCAAGCACAGAACCUGGACUGUCUCUGUGCCCAUCCUCAUGGGUGCUGGCAUAGUUGGAGCAUGUGGGUUUUAAUGAAGGUACAGUUCUUGUGACCCCCAUCUGUGGUACACGGUGCACACAGUGUCCCCACCUGGGGCAUGUUGUCCUUUAGGCAGUCGUUCCUCACUCUUCCCUGACACCUACCUCCCGUCUCAAUGAUCCCCCAUUCUGGACCUUGCCUAUAAAUGGUCGUACAGCCGUGA